CGCUUGCCAGCAGUAGUGCUGUGAGCUUGUCUGGUAUACAAAACGGCUGAGUCGUCCCUCGAAAAGCACUCGGGCAAAACUUUUUUGAAGGCAACUGCUUCCUUCAGUGGGUAAACCAGGGUCAAACGGGACUGGAUGUUUGUAGUACCAGGAAUGCCAUGGCUAACCAGAACAACCAGGAUUACUUUAGAUCCAACAGCAACGACUCAAAAACGUAUAUGGUGAUCCCGGCGGCCAAGCGAGGGGAUGGUACAUCUUCAAAGCUAUGGGUCGCCAUGGUGGUCACUGUAGUAAUUGUGCUACAGAUUGCGUCUACCACGGGGCUGUUCGUUUAUUUCAACAUGUCGAUUUCACAGACAAAAAACCAAGGUGUGACUGAGGAGCUUAAAUGCCUGAAACUCCUGAACAAGCUAGAAGAUACAAUCGCUGGAGGACAGAUCCCAGAGGAAGUGAGGGUGUUCAUGGAGCCCUGCAUGAAAGUGGCAGACAGCAUCAAGUCCUACAUAUCCAAGGUUACUGAAAAUGCCAUCAGGAGACAUGUACUUCAAGAAGCGAGAAACAUUCCAAGGAGUUUCAACACAUCGGAUGUUCAGUUUGUGAGUGAAGUCACCCAAAGACCUUCCGCACACCUUUCUCUGAGGGAUGCCAGCCAUCAACCACACGAUGAAUCCCAGAGCAACGACUUGCACCAGUCUUGCCGUCACCCCAUCAGAAACUGGGACACCGGCAGCUUCGGGUCGCACAUCCACAACAUGAGCCUGAGCGAGGGGUGGCUGAAAGUGCCCCGGGACGGCCGCUACUACCUGUACUCUCAGGUCUACUUCCGCUACCCCUCAGACUCUUCCCUGGACCCCCACAACGCAGCCCCGGAGAGCCACAGUAGCAGCAGCAACCAGCUCGUCCAGUGUGUCUACAAGAAGACGUCCUACCUGAAGCCCAUUCUGCUGCUGAAAGGCGUGGGCACCAAGUGCUGGGCGGAAGACGCAGAGUACGCCCUUCACUCUGUCUACCAGGGAGGGCUGUUUGAGCUGAGAUCAGGCGACGAGGUCUUUGUGUCUGUGUCGUCCAUGCCCAUGGUCUAUGCCGACGAAACCUCCAGCUAUUUCGGGGCCUUCCGACUUGACCUGUGAGCGUGACGGAUCGUAAAAUUAAUACUGCAGGUGCAUGGAUCCUGUGGAGGUUAUUAAUGUGAAGGGAAGAGGGGGAGAACCAUUCUUAUGUCUUUUUUUCUGAAUCUUGCAUGUAUUCAGAAGAAACUUUAAAUCUUGUCCUGUUUACUCUUUACAUGCCACUGAGAUCUUUUGAAGAAAAGCAAAUCUUGUUGAUAACUCUGGCCUGGAUAAGAAAACAACUCAAUAAUUCUUACCAUUCCCUGAGGUCACCACUAUAAAUGAGAACCUCUUGGCCCGACCUGAUUCAAACAGUACACAUUUGGUGGAAAAUGCCCCACAGUUACUGCUUCUUCUCAUAUUGCAAAUACAUUUUGACUGUUCCAUUUUAAAAUGGUAAAUGGGAUCUAAUGAUUCCUGGUCGCCUGAGCUUGAAUGUAGCUUUCUUCACAUAGUCAAGCGAUUUGAAAAAUCUUCAAUGGAUUAUCAGGGAAGGUAAAAAUACACUACACAGUUUGGCACAGUAGUUACAAAGCAAAGGACAAACUAUCAGAAUAUACUAGUUUGGAAGCGCUUGCAUCACAACUGAUCCACUCACUGAACCAGAUUCUGAUUGGCUCCCACCCCAACCAUCAAGUGGAGCAGAAACAGGAUCUUGACUGGGACCGAGACAGGACCAUCCUUUCAAUUCUGUAUGUUGGCACAGCAGUUUAUCCGAAACCUCUUUCGCGAUGGCAGACACCUGGAAUGUGGACCGCUCACCUUUCCGUAAGACCUAGAAUAAUCCGAGUACUGACAAGAAAAAAGGGUUGGUUCAGCAGGUUGGUUGGGAAUGUGGGAGAAUACUAUGCCUUCACCCUUUUGAUUUUAAUAUAUUAAGGCCUCACCGUAUAAAAUACAUACAUUGAAAAUGUAUUGAUUUAUAUUUCAGAUAUAGUUCAUUUGGCCUGACAUUAAAUAUAUAAUAAUUAUAUUCUGGAAUAUUUUCAUAUCCAUAGUUUGUUUUGAAAAAUGAAUUUUAGUGAUCAGCAAAUGUGUUUUAGAUAUAUUUUUUUUUUCAAAGAAGCUUAAGACCAUAUUUUAAAGAAAUGAGUGACGAUAAAUCCAUUACAGCCCUGUGCAUUUAUCAGGGAGCUAAUGCUUGUUAUUACGACCUGCAACUAAAGUUUGAAAACUUGAUAUCAAAAGACAUUAAGACCUUGCUGCAGGGCUAUAGAAUAGUUGUGCACACGCACACAAUGUGUACCAAUGGAUUUGGUCGGGACUUGAAGAUUUUCUUCCAGCUAUAAUUUUCUGGGAGCAGACAGGAACAUUCUCAUGUCCGCAUCAGCAGCCGUCAGAAACCCCCUUCUAAGCUAUUUUUUGCACGGCGAAAUGAAUCUCUUCUCAGAUUCGAAGUGAAAUAGAAAUAUUAAGCCUAACCUAAAACUUUUGUCUUUUGUUAAUUUUAUAAAUGUAUAAUGAUUUGGUUCUAGAUGGUUUGGAGUUUCUGGCAGGGUUAGGCUGUACCUUGCCUUGCUGGUGCUACUAUUGACAUUUAAAAUCCUCUGUUAAAUUUGUAACAGUACUUCACUGCCGUUAUAGUCAUUCUACAGUUACAGUUACAGUGAUAGGGGACAAUGCAUCACUCCUGUGGAAAAUCUGAUUACAGUAACAAAUUAGUUUAGUAAAUUAUUAUUAUUAUUAUUAUUUAUUUCUUAGCAGACGCCCUUAUCCAGGGCGACUUACAAUUGUUACAAGAUAUCACAUUAUACAUUAUUUCACAUUAUACAGACAUCACAUUAUUUUACAUACAAUUACUCAUAUAUACAGUUGGGUUUUUUUUUACUGGAGCAAUCUAGGUAAAGUACCUUGCUCAAGGGUACAACAGCAGUGUCCCCCACUGGGGAUUGAACCCACAACCCUCCGGUCCAGAGUCCAGAGCCCUAACCACUACUCCACACUGCUGCCCUGUGCAACUGGAACAUUAAUUAGAUUUAAUGUUCCAGUUGCACCCAGAAAGGAAACAAUGUAAAAGUGAUAUAAAUUGGAUGCGUAUCCCCAAAAACAUGCAGCUUAUAGUGUUUGUUAAAAUCGAUUUGCUUUAUUAAGUUUGAGAAGAAAAAUGUUGUUUUCUUUUCCUUUAAAAGAAGAGAACACAAAUACAUUUUCAGUUGUACUUUUGUAUAUAAACUUAGGACUGCUGUCCCGUAAGGUAACUUCAGUUGAUUUUUUUGGAUGCUGAAAAUUUGACACCAUACAUAUUUUUUGUCCCGAUUUAUAUAUUAUAUAUAUAUAUAUAUAUAUUUUUUUUUUGCACAUCAGUGUCAUUUUUGCCAUCUCAUAUACUUCUGUGCAUACUAUAUCACAGGAAAUAGUGUUUUUUUUUAUAGGUUAACAAGUGUAAUCUAUCCCAGAGAAAGAAUAUAAAGUUUAGAAUAGAACGCGUGAAAGUGUGCUGGAUGCAAAGGCCAUUGAAGGCCCUGCUGGUGAAGCUGUUUCAAUGCUUUUGUUUCUACAGCAUUUGAAUCCUGAAACUGUAAAAGGAUAGAAACAGGGGCUGGAUUGAUACGACGAUGAACCGCAAAUGGCAUUGGUAUACAUGUUUUGUCUAACAGACAGAUUGUGAUAAUACUAUGCAAACACAUUUUACUACUGAAAAACAGUAGGUUGUUUUAGUUGAAAUUCGGUCCAAGAUAAUCAGCCCUUCUUGUAGCGACUCAUGUUGUAAACUGCACACUGCUUGGUAAGAAGACUAUUACUAUUUUAAUAUCUGUAUCUCUUCUAAAAAAAAUUUAUUGUUUAAAAAUGCUGUUUAGAACUGCUAAGAUGAAUUAUUGUGAAAUCACAGCAUUUUAGGAUGAACUCUGUUACAGAUGCAUGGUAAUACUUGUUGAUGUUGAAAUACUAAAAAGAAGCAUAAUACAUUCAAAUGACAAACGUUUCGACCAGAAGCCCUUUUUAUUGUCUUCAAAAUGGAAAUGUUUGUCACUGUAUUUAUUACAUUUGUUUGUAUUUCUAAAUCCAACACUGUUGAGUAUUUUAUAGUUCUGGAUGAGUUCCUCUUCAAAACCACUGGUGUACAGUGUGGCUGUCAUUAUUUUGAAUAGGUGCGAGUGGGAAUCAUUGUUUUGGGGUUGGGUUGUCAUUAGUACCAGUGCUUACCGGGUAGCUCUGUUACUGAAAUACUGUGGUAAAGUGUAUUAUAUUCUUGUUUUAACUGUAAAUAGUAUGACGCUUCUUAUACUUUCAUACAAUUGUAUCGAUGUGGAAACCUUUGCACGCCUUAAGGGUCUCUCACAAAUGUGAACUGAACCAGUUUUUUAAAAAUCCGUUGUUGCCAUGUAGCUGCCGUUGGUUUUAUAAAUUUGUAUGAAAAGAUCAAAGCAAGCACCUUCAAAGCCUAUCGAACAAAGCAAGCAGAAGUCUGUAGAUAAUAGUCUUUAGAAAAACCCCAAUAACAUUGUAACAUUCAACUGCCAUCUCUGAAAUGCAGACUGCUCAACUUCCAGGUUGUACUGUACCUGUAAGAAGUGUCGGCUGUCAGGAGAGACUCUUUGGCCCUUUCUAGCACACCAUUUGCCCCGGUGCAUUACAUCGAAUGAGCCCCAAUGUUUUAUCUUUAGCUAAAAUCUAUGCAGUAACACUCACAGUAUGAAUUACUUCAGAGAAAAAAAAAAACAA